UAAGGGAGGUAAGCUUACAGAGAAAAUGGCCGCCGCUGUGAAUGUGAACUACUCUUUGUUGAGAAAAUGUAUGGGAGGGGAAACUGUAUUUAAAGAUAUGACGGAGCACACAGCUAGCUUUAACACAAGGCUUUCACUUGAAAGAAAGCUCCGACUGCCCUUCCUAGACUCUCAGACGGGUGUUGCACAAAACCACACGAACCUGUGGCACCCCUACAGGAGUAGACAGCGAGGAAGUACAUAUGGUCAGAUGUAUUCUUAUCCUGCUCUUCGCUGGAAGAAGAAAAAGCGACUGGCCUUUAUGACGUCAUCAGCAGAUGUCAGCGUAACAAAAGCCAGCGAUAUAGAGACUGGAGAAGCAGAUAUGCACCAGAUCAGUACAGUUGAGAAUCCUGCCAUCCGGGGGGAGAUUCAUGUUGAGGAUCUGGAGUACAAAAGUGAGUCGAGUAAGGACCGUUGGUACGAUGAAUACGAAAAUCUUAGCGAGCCACCAGAUGCAGGGGAAAUAGUGGACGAUCAGUCAGACAUAAGUGACUUUGAGGAAACUUUCAUCAAAAAGAAAAAGAAGAAGUCAAAUCGUGGACGAAAGAAAAACACAGAAAAGGAUGUAAAUGCUCCUGAGGAGAAGGAGAAGCCAUAUGCUUGUGGAGCUUGUGGUGCUCGCUACAAGACGCGGCCUGGGCUGGCCUACCAUUACACUCACUUCCAUAACGGCAUGCUGGAUGAGGAGGUGCUUCCCCCCACUUCUCCCAAGCCCGCCACACGGACCAGCAGUCGUUCUGCUAACAAAAGCAACAUUGAUGACAAGAUCUCGGCGAACAACUACUGCGACUUCUGUCUUGGGGAUUCCUUGGAGAACAAGAAGAGCAAUCGGCCUGAAGAACUGGUGUCCUGUAGUGACUGUGGAAGAUCAGGUCACCCAACUUGUCUGCAGUUCACAGUGAACAUGAUAGUGUCUGUGAAGAAAUACCCCUGGCAAUGUAUCGAGUGUAAGUCCUGUGGACUGUGUGGCACCUCAGACAAUGAUGAGCAGUUGCUGUUUUGUGAUGACUGCGACAGGGGAUACCACAUGUACUGCCUCAAUCCGCCUCUCACUGAACCUCCUGAGGGUAAUUGGAGUUGCCAUUUGUGCAUUGAAGAGUUCCACGGAGGAAAGAAACCAGCAGGAAUGCAGUGAUGUACACGAGAAAUUAUUGAAUAUUUGUUGUUCUAUGGGAGACAUGUUCAUCUUUAAUGUGAAAUGAUAGAAAGUUGGAUCUGGUCAGUUCUGUAUAGUUGAUCUAUAUCAGAAAUGAGAUUGUGUUGUACUGGAUUAUGUGCAAUUUAAGGAAAAAAGUUACUUUACAAAAACAUAUCACAGCAUACUGUAGGUAAGAAACAAUGCCCUGUCGUUUACAGAGUUGGGUGGGUACACACGUGUAGUCUAUGAAAUAAAGUCCUGUGGUUGUAAAUUGAGGAACGCACUGGUGAUAGAAUACGAAAACAAGGUCCUUGUUGUUUGCUGGUCAUUUACACAUAUUUCUACAAAAGCUGUGUAACAUUAUUGUACCCCAAGCUCUUUUAAGUACUUACACUGAAUAUUUGUUCCUCAAUUUCGUUGUGCUAGCUGAUCUACGAUGAUUGUCCCAAACUUACAAAUAUAGAUGAAGCUAUAUCAUUCCUGAACUGUUAUAUAUGUUAUGGGCUGUCAGUGGUGGGCAGGAUUUUGUUUGGAAUGUAGAUCUGAUGACAACUUGGAAAGAUGUCACCUUUCUGUUGUUAGGUAUGAGAAGGACAUUAUAAAGGUUAGCCAUAUUUCUAUACAUGUAUUGUAUACUCAUUGUAAUCCAUUAUCGUUAGUGUAAUCUGUUUAUUGUGUCAAUAAAGAAUAAAACAAUU